AUGUUCACCGUGCAAAAGAUGCUGGACCACCACCGGCGAAUUAAGCACCACCAAAGGCCUCAGGGAAAGCACAGCUGCGCCCACUGCCCCUACUCCAGCAACCAAAGGAGCAGUGUGAUCCGGCAUGAAAGGACCCACAUGGGUGAGAAACCGUUUGUGUGCCACGUCUGCUGCAAGGGCUUCACGGAUCAUGGACAUCUCAAGACGCACCUUCUCGUACACACGGGAGAGAAACCGUACGAGUGUUCAGUCUGCGGCCAGCGCUUUACAACCUCUUCAGGCAUGGCAAGACACCAAAGAUCACUACACUCUGGCAACGAUGCUCGACUCCACAUGUGUGCCCAAUGUGGAAAGGGAUUCAUGGAGAGCAGUGCUCUCACCAAGCACCGGCUGAUCCACACGGGUGCGAAGCCUCACGCCUGCUCCGUCUGCGGAGUGAGGUUCACACGGCUCGGCUCUGCCAAGAAACACGAGCUGGUCGUACAUGGUCGCCAGUACCCACUUCACUGCCCGCACUGCAACAAAGGGUUUGCAGCCAUGUGUUUUCUGAGAAAGCACAUGCUCGCUCAUCACAGUGACGACAGCAAAGAAAACAGCGAAGCUUGAAGUGCAAAGCAGCCACUCAGGAGAGUCCGACAAGAGAGGUUUUAUGCGCAAGACAGGGAAUGUUGAAGAACGAAUGGAAAUGACAAAACUCGGUCGGCAUUUACGUUGGCUUCUGAGUAAAGGCAAACAACCAUACCACAAUACCUCGCAGGAAGAAGGAACUGAUUUAAUAAAUUUUGAAAAGUUGUCA